AUGGUCAACAUAGUCGGAGUAGUUUUCCUCUGUGGAAUUGCGCUUACUAGCGCCGUACAAUUGAAGGAAGAGGAUGUCCUGCCGGAGAUCCAGGGCGUCAGGAAACUCAGAUCCUUGGGACUUCAGAUUGCUGGUUACAUACCGGAUCUUAAACAGGAUGAUAUAAGCGUGCUGGACACAGGAGUGCCAACUCAGGAUGAUCUGGUGUGCCUCAGUGAUUUGUCUGCCUUGAUGGCGGGGCUUCAAAGCGGUCAAUACUGGGCACUGAAAAUGUUCGAUGCCUGGGGCUCCAUACCCUCGGGUCUGCUGACCGGCAAUAUGUACGAUCUUGGCAACUUUGAUGAGUGCUUGAACAUCAAGAAAGAGACCAGCCUGGGCAGAACCAUCCGGGGGAAGUACUGUUUCCUCUCAGUGUCUCCCGCCAAGGCUCUGGGCCUUAACACUGGGAUCUUGGGCCGCUUCCAGACCGCCACCUGUCUGCCGGCCUCCUGCUCGGCGGCCCAGAUGAACACGUUUGUGGGUCAGACCCUGAGGCAGCUGCUCAACGUCAGCAUUCCCAGCUCCGUAAUGAGUAUCAGCGAUAGCACCUGCCAGACCAGUGAAAGUGAACCCUGGGAUGGACUCACCAUUUUCAUGAUAGUGAUCUUAUCGUUUAUGGGCUCUUUGGUGGCUUUGUUUACCUUGUGGGACUACUGUCUGGUAAAGAAUCAGGAUCAGCUUCCAACCAUUGUCAAGGUGUUCUCGGCCAGGGCCAACUCCCGGGCUCUUUUCCGCGUCGUCCAACCCAAUUCGAAUCCGAAUGUUAUCGACUGCCUCAAUGGAAUCCGCUGUUUGUCACUCGCUUGGGUGGUUUUUUGCCAUCAAUACGUGAAUACUCUGUAUGCGCCAAAUCUUAACUUGUUUCAUGCUUACUCGUGGGCGGAGACACCAUAUGCCAGCUUUAUUCUGCAUGGCUUUUUCUCGGUGGAUUCGUUCUUCGUUCUCGGCGGUUUGUUGGUAGCUCUGAUUACACUGCGAAUGAUGGACAGGACCAAGGGCAAACUCAAUGUUCCUCUGAUGUAUCUACACCGCAUAAUCCGCAUCGUUCCGCUUUUGGCAAUUGCCAUGGUAGUCUCUUUGAGAUCGAUGCCCCUUAUAACACGCGGUCCUCUCUUAUACAAUGGGUAUUCACAAAAGGCAGAGUGUGAGAGGAGUUGGUAUUUAACCUUGCUCUUCGUGAAUAACUACACCAAUGAUAAGUGUCUUGGUCAUUCGUGGUAUCUGGCGGUAGACAUGCAAAUGUUCCUUAUCUCACCGAUCCUGCUCAUAGCUCUCUAUAAAUGGGGCAAGAAGGCAGCUGCCGGUAUCUUCGUACUCAUAGUACUGCUGUCUGGCUGUCUUUUUGCCACCAUGAUGGUUAAUAACUACUCGGUGGUGUUGAAGCAAUUCUCUUUGGAUUCGAUGAAGCAUUUGUACUUCCCUACCCAUACACAUGCUAUGCCCUGGCUGGUUGGUUUCCUCUUCGGCUACUUCCUGCACUUGAAUAGGGGAAGGAAGUUCCAGAUGAGCUGGUUAGCCGUGUGGUCAGGAUGGUUCCUCUGUCUGGCCAUGAUCUUCACCUCGAUCUUUGCCCUCUACCCGGCGGCCCAGUGGAGUCCUCCUACCUUUCCCAUAUUGUCGGAGUCCUUCUACUACACCCUCACCCGAGUGGGUUUCCCGAUGGCCCUCUGCUGGGUGAUCUUUGCCUGCAUGCAGGGAUACGGAGGACUGGCCAACAGCUUCCUCUCCUCGCCCCUGUGGCAGCCCCUGUCCAGGCUCUCCUACUCCGUCUACAUGUGGCACAUGUUCAUCCAGGAAGUGAAUACCCGAAGUAUGAGGACGAAUUCCUACUUCUCGGAUUACAGAACGAUGCUCAACUUCUGGUCAACCUUCGGCAUCACCUUUUUAUUUGCCUAUCUGAUGCACCUACUCAUUGAGGCGCCCUUUGGUGGACUUGGGAAUUUCCUGGUGCCAAAAAAGAAGAGCCCUCCGCUCGUCAAACAGAAAUCGCAGAUAGACGAGAAUGAACCUAAGAACGUGGAGGAGCUUAAGGUGAACCCACCUGCACCGCCUGCAUAUUAGCUUUAAGACGACCCCGCCAUCCUAUUAGUCUUAGUAAAUUAUAUAAGUUAAAUUUAGGUAAAUAAAUAAAUUGCUGCUAUUUAA